AUGAAGCUAGCUUCUACACUUAAUUCUACCAAACGUUCAACAUCAAUCGAAAGAGUAGUCAUCAAACAUACACAUACAUAUUAUAUUUUACCAGUCAGCGGGGGUCAUUGUAAGAAAAGAUAUUUAUAUCAUUAUCAUUAUCAUCCCGACACACGACACGAUGACUACUACUACUACUACGACAAAAACUAG